AUGUUUCACCUACAGCAGGAUCAACCGCGGGAGCGAUUGCGGCAAUUCGGCCCAAUCGCACAGCUUCUCAAGUCUAACAAGUUAAUCUUGCCAUUUCUAACGGUCCCGUCGAUUGCAUGGGUUCUUAAGCUGAGCUUCGGUGCAUUACCUGCAUUUUCCAGGGCAGCUCCUUGUGUCACGCAAUCAGGAAUAAUGGGCACGGAUUUUACAGCUUCGCCAUCAGCUUCCUUGGGAGGCAACAUCGAAACAAAUUCUAUGAGACAUACCGAAGACAUGGACUACGGACAAACACGUGCAGUAAUGCAAGAGAGACCUACUUCUCCUAACGAGCAAGCGUGCAAGUGCAAAUGCUCUCAAGUCGCGCUAGCCUGCCUAGACAAAAUCUCCGUCGUGCCUUCUGAAGCCCGUUACAUGGACCGUCUCCACAUCAUCCAGUCCGCUCUCAUGACCGCAGAGCGGCUAGUUCUCUGCACAGACUGCCCACCAAACAUGACCAUUGCAAGAUGUUGCUUCAUCCUGGGAAACACGCAUGAGCUGGUGAGUGAUGUGAGUGCCCACGCAGGAGACGCAUCCAGCCCUCCCACCACCAUGCUCUCCCGCCAAUCAAUAGAAUACAUGAGGCGCAUCAAGCGCCGUGCUAGCAUGCUUCUUGCGGGGUUGAAAGCGUUGCAAGAAUUUGGGUCCGGGGAUCGGCGUCUUUCAAAUAUGCAGUCUGAGUUUCUAUCAGUGCUUGCAAGUUCUUGGCUUGUGCUACUACCAGAUUAUCGAGAUUGA